GGGAGUUUCUAUAUUCUCGACUAAAGGUUUUAGUUAUUAGCGUCUCAAAAAAAAAUCCAUAAUCAUAAACAGGAAAUAGGUAGUUAAUUAUUAUUAUUUUGUAUCUUAAAACGUUCAUAAUUUUUACCGAUAAUUUUUUUAUAUUAAUGGUAUAAGUGGAUAAGGAUUUUGUAUUUAAACAUUUUCCAAUAAUAAUGGCAUCCGCAUUUUGAAACAAUGAACUCGUUAUUAUUAUUUUCGAAUUAUUUUAUUGCCACAAUUUAUUGUGCCAACAUUUUAGUAAUUUCAGAUAUUGGCAUUGUUAGUCACACAGUCAUGCUAAAAAAAAUUGCCAAAGAUUUAGCUGAAAAGGGCCACAAUAUCGAUAUGGUUUCACAUUUUCCUUUGGAAAAGCCUCUAGAAAGAUAUAUUGAUAUAAAUAUUUCCAACGAAUCCACCAUUUUAACCAACCAAUUAACCAUAAACCAAAUGAAAUCAAUGACAACAAAAACCAAGAUAAUGAGUAUAAUGGAAAAAGUGGGUUUGCCAGCAUGUAAAUUAGUCUUUGAAAACCCAAAAUUGCAACAACUUAAAAAGACUAAAAAAAAGUACGAUUUAUUGAUCGCAGAAUUUUUUGCCACCGAUUGCAUGUUGGGCUGGGGAUGGUACUUUGACGUACCAACAAUAUUGGUGACUAGCAGUUAUCCUAAACCGUCGAGAGUUGAACGUUUUGGACUUCCGGAAAGUACCGGGUACAUUCCUACGGGAUUUGCUCAAGGAUUUAGCACGGAAAUGUCAUUAUUUGAUAGGAUUGUGAAUACUUGGCAAUAUAUUGAAGCUACAUAUGUUAUUAAUAGUUAUAAUGAAAUAAUCGAUGAAACAACUAGAGACUUUUUUGGACCAGAAAUGCCUUCUCUUAGUGAUUUGGCUUACAACAGUAGUCUACUGUUGAUGAAUACACAUUUCAGUAUCCAUUUUGCCAGGCCAUUGGUACCAAAUGUUGUUGAAGUGGCGGGGUUACAUAUUGAGGAACCACAACCCUUAAACCAGAUAAAACAAUUAAAAAUCAGAGUAAUAUAUUUCUCUAUGGGUUCACUAUUGGCCAUCGAGUCUUUUUCUAUAGAUUCACUACAAGACAUAUUUGAUGUUUUUGCUCCGUUACCCUAUAAGGGUAUAUGGAGAGCAAAGCAGGAGGCUUUACCAAAAAAUUUGAAUAUUUCAAAAAAUGUUUAUUUCGAAAAUUGGGUGCCACAGCUGGACCUUUUGUGUGAUUCGAGAGUCAAACUUUUUAUUUCCCAUGGCGGUAUGAUGAGUACUCAAGAAGCAAUAUAUUGUGCAGUACCAAUUUUAGGAAUUCCCAUAUUUGGCGAUCAGUUUUUGAACAUGAAACAGAUUGAAGAUUCAGGAAAUGGACUAACGAUAAAAGAUUUGAGCAAAAGGAAUUUGAUGAGUUCAAUUGAGGAACUUUUGCACGAUUCAAAGUAUUCGAACAGUGCAAAAGAAGUUUCUAAACUUUUCAAAGAUCGCCCAAUGUCGGCUAAAGACACAGCGAUUUAUUGGAUUGAGUACGUUUUGCGACAUAGAGGUGCUCCCAAAUUGCAAAGUUAUGCUAAACAACUUGCAUGGUAUCAAUACUAUCUUUUAGAUCUAAUUGCCAUUGUUGUUUGUAUUAUUUUUACCAUUAUUUUAUCUCUAUUGCUUUUUAUAAAGCGUAUUUUUCUGUCUAGAGAAAUAAAACUAAAACAUUUGUGA